GUGCAGGCUUUAAGAGCGAGUUUUGGCACAGGGCCGCGCUCUGGAGCGACAUGGAGACGAAGUGGCACUGCGCUCAAGCUUCUUUCUGAUCAUUUCCUUCAGAAGUUUCUCACUGACCAGACAUGUGACUGGAAAGCCACUUUACGCGCGGUGGUAACUGGAAGCAGAGGAUUUCACCUCAAUCAGACUACUCAAGUUUCUUCACUUUGGUUAAGGAUCGACGCAGAUCCCUGAGCAGGUGUGUGCAGUCAGGAGAAGACCUGUUCUGAGUAUGAGUAUAGGCGCCAGUCUCAUCCCUGCUGCCUUUCCUCCAGUUUUGGAUAAUUUCCUUUGGUCUGAUUGUUGCAGCACUGUGUGUGUGUCCUCCUUCGUCCACGCAGACUCACUCACAUGGGCGUCUUCGCUCCAUCCAUCCAAACUUUGUGUUAGAAUGGAACAAAAUCAGCCCGAGGAGCAAGCGGACCUGACCUCUGAAUUUCAGUCUCAGCUGGAUCUGUUUAGGAAGUUGGGCUUCUCUGAUGCUCAGGUCCGAGCUGUGCUACUCAAGCUGGGCCUCCACACCGACACCAACCGGAUUCUGGGAGAGCUGAUACAGGUGAGAGCGGCAGAGACAGAGGGUUUCCUCGGUCCGCCAGCGCUGGUUCCACAUGGUGAAAGUCAGAGGAAAAGUCACAGCAUUUCGUCUCUACCUACUGAACAAGAGGACGCAGUCCAGGACGAAGACGCCCUCAAGCCGAUAGUGAUAGACGGCAGCAACGUAGCGAUGAGUCACGGGAACAAGGAAGUUUUCUCCUGCCUGGGAAUCCAGCUGGCUGUGAAGUACUUCCUGGAUCGAGGGCACACAGAUGUUACUGUGUUUGUGCCAUCGUGGAGGCGGGAACAACCCAGGCCGGACGUGCCGAUCACAGAUCAGCAAAUUCUUCGUGAGCUGGAGCGGAAAAAGAUUCUAGUCUUCACUCCAUCAAGGCGCGUGGCAGGAAAGCGGGUGGUGUGCUAUGAUGACCGCUUCAUCGUAAAGCUGGCAUAUGAUGUGGAUGGCAUCAUCGUGUCUAAUGAUACCUACCGAGACCUGCAGGGGGAAAAACCUGAGUGGAAACGCUUCAUAGAGGAGCGGUUGCUCAUGUACUCCUUUGUCAAUGACAAGUUUAUGCUCCCAGAUGAUCCACUCGGGAGACAUGGACCUACUCUGGAAAACUUUCUUCGCAAGACUCCUCGAGCUACUAAGAAACUCCCCUGCCCCUACGGUAAGAAAUGCACCUACGGGAUCAAGUGUAAGUUCAGCCACCCAGAACGUGGUAAACAAUCCCAGCGUUCUUUGGCGGAUGAGUUGCGUGAGAAAGCCAAAAUGCCCUACUUUCUCCAGAAACCAUCCAUGGCAGGCCCAAACCCUUCCCAAGGAGCCUCUUUGGAGGAAGUCAUGGAGCAAAAACUCACUCUCAAUCAAAGUGGUCCACUCAAGAAGACCCACACCAGUGAGAAUAUGCUGGUGGUGAAGAACACACCACAGUCUACUUCAAGAAAGUCCCCUUCAAAGCGAGAUCGUUCCGGACAGUACUCCCCACCAAAUCCAGACUGCAUCUCUGCUUCAUUUCAGGAGUACUUGGACUCGGGCCUGGGCUCGUACGAAUGCCACAGUGAGCACCAGUGUGGAGGAGAACAAAGAAAGUCCAAGAAUCCUUCUAAUGGAUGGUUCAGACAUCCUCCAACUUGCAGCCAGUCCUUAAACCAAUCCAAUUUACAAUCCAAUCCAGGUUACCAUCCCCACCACAUGAGUAUAGCUGCAUCCCAAAACCCAAGCAACAUGCCAUACUCUUACCCUCAAUAUCACUCCUAUGGAGGAGCACCUUACCCACCAGGGAACUUUCCCCAGUAUAGCGUACCCCAUGAGUACCACCACAGAAGCAUGCCUCCGCCUCAAAGUGGCUACUGGUCCGAGCCAUACAGACACUUUGGCCACGUGCCUCCAGGACCUGUGCAGGGUGACAGCACUCCUUGGAACCAUCCAAUGCCGGAGAAGGAGCAGGUGAGGAAGAAGCUGCUAGCUGUUUUUAAUGCCCGUCUUGUGGACAGAGCAAUGGAGAUGUUCCCAAACCUAAUGGACCCUCAGAAACUGGCUGUGGAAAUCAUCAACUUGCAGUCAUAUGAGGGGGUUUUGUGACUUUUGCUGCCUCAUGAUUGGCUUGUAAAAAUGUUCACACACUAGAUAGUGUGUGCAUGUAUUGUAUAUUUCUACUGAAACAGUGGGCCACUCGAUAAUUGCUGUGUAGAAUGGUCAGUUUCGGUGAAAGCCUUCUAAGAUUAUAAGGCUGAAAGUGAACGAGCAGAUCAU